AUGGACAUCACCUGGGACGAGUUUAACCUAUUUAUCGUCGACAGAUUGGAGCAGAUCAGACGACGCCGUACGCGCGAGGACCGAAUUACGGGAUGGGAGCUGGCGCACCGGAGGUUGAUCCAUGCGCGUGAUACGCUAACUCCUUCUGGAUUUGCUGAUUGGGCCGCGUCGAACGCGCAACUGGUACGGGAUUUUGUGGGUGACGCGCUCGUUCCAACCGCCGUCCAGAAUGCCGUCAAAACACUCUCCAGAUUCUAUUGGCCCGCCGAA